GCCGUUCUCCGACCUUCGUUCCUCCAGCCCUCUGCAACCACACUCGUUUCCUGCGUCCCGUGCCCAAGAGCAGUCUCCAAGUGUCGGUCUCGCGAGCCCCAUAGCUAGAAUCCAGAAUACAAGCCUAGAACUACUUCCCCUUCGUGAAGAAAGAAAGAAAGAAACAUGUCCUACGCACCUGACGGCCGCCUCCUGUCGCCUGGUGAGGUAUACGAAGCGGCGCCCGUGCAGGUCAAGGACGACGAGUGGCAAGAGGACCUGAAUGUUGCUUUGAUCUGCCCCGACUGCAAAGAGAACCCUCCCAAUCUGGUAGAAGAGUUCAGUGCUGGCGAUACAAUCUGCGGCUCCUGUGGUCGCGUCCUCGCCGACAGAAUCAUCGACACCCGCUCGGAAUGGAGAACCUUCUCUAAUGACGACCAAGGUAACGAUGAUCCAUCACGUAUUGGUGACGCUGCCAACCCCCUUCUGCACGGCUCCCAGCUUCAGACUGAGAUCGGUUUUGGUGACGGUGGCAUGAGGGUUCGCGAUCUUUCCAGGGCUCACAACAAGAGCAACCACGACAAGGUCAACAAGGCGCUGCAGGCUGCCUACGGUCAGAUCACAGCGCUCUGUGAUAGUCAGAACAUUAGCAGACCGACGGCCGAAACGGCCAAAAUGCUCUACAAGAUGACGGACGACGCGAAGCUGUUCAAGGGCAAGUCACAGGAUGCCAUCAUCGCCGGCUGUAUCUUCAUAGCCUGUCGAAAGCAUGACCAGCAGCGCAGUUUCCGCGAAAUCUUCAAAAUGACCAACGUGUCCAAGAAGGAAGUCGGUCGCACCUUCAAAGUUCUCGAAGCUUUUAUUCAGAAAUCACAGAACAGCGGUCCAUCAGUCGCCGGCAACGGAGCUGUCAUUGACACAGUCAACCUUCUCAACCAAAAGGGCGGUACCACUGCCACCAGCGCCGCCAGCCUCAUGCCUCGUGCCUGUGCCAAGCUGGCUUUGGGCACCCAGGUCCAAAUGGUGGCCGAAGAGUGUGCCGACCAGGUCGCUCACUAUGGUGUCGCAGCCGGUCGAUCUCCUCUGUCUAUCGCUGGUGCUUGUCUCUACCUGGUUUCACAUCUCAUGGGCCAGCCCAAGUCACCAAAGGAAAUCGGCCUCGCCGUCGAAGUCAGCGACGGCACCAUUCGUACUGCGUACAAACUCAUGCAUAUGGAGCAGGAUAAGAUCAUCAAGGAUGAAUGGAUUGUAAAGGGUGGUGACCGGUCUAGGAUCCCUGCUGCUUAGAUUUUCUCGUUUCAACUACUACACAGGGAACUUGGGGUGGGUGUUGUACGGGUUCACGUUUUGAACAUUUUUUUUCUCUUACUUUUCUUUUUCUUUACUAUCAAACACCCGUUCUUCCUUUUCUUCUCUCAUCAAAAUCAACAUUUCAUGGCAUACGAGGGACUGGAGUUUUAUCUUGUGUUUCAGACCUUUUUUUUAGGUUCUUCGGUUCCUUAUCUCAGGUUUCUUUUUUUUCAUUCUACCUAAGUUGGGAUUUUAACGUCUGGGGAAGGUGAAAGAAAGAUUGAGACGGCCAAUUGCCAUGAAAAAAUAUGAUACCCGGAUAGAUUGGCGGGGAGGUGGGGGCAAACCCGGAAGGAGAAUAUUCAGAUUGUGAAAAAUGGGCGUUUUUUGGUUUUGUGCGGGUAUGAAGUAAUGUGGAUGAGAAACUACUAGACAAGAAAAUGAGAAUGCUGUUGCGGUG